UCUUCAUGCAAGUCUUGCGUUGUCUGAGAAAUGGCGGAUUGUCAUCAUUCUCGCCUGCCGCCGCUGCCGCCUUACCCGCCGUCCGUCCGUCUGCGACGACACUGAUGAGAAUGCUGGCGACAACGACGCCGUCCACUCCCAGCAAUGACGAUGCCAGCCAGGACAGCCGGCAGCAGCGAGUGACGCCUGCGUUUCUUGGCCAUGCGAUCGCCAGUCCCAGCGCCGAGACGCGCGCGCUCGGGUGCCGGCUGCUGGCAGGCGCAGUGAGCCUCAUUGGACCAGAGCAGGUCAGCGCGGUGGUGGAUGGCCGGCUGGCCCUCGAGACGUGCGAGCGGACGCUGAACGCUCCGCUCGUGGAACUCCAGCGACUGAGCGCGGCAUCGCUCAAUGCUCAAUGCGAUGCCAUAGACACCUCAACGAACAAGGGAACAGCUCAGGCAACGCUGCUCAUGAGGCAUGCUACUCAAUGGGCUCAUGCGGCUGCGCGUAAUAACAAUCAUACUCACAGCCACGAUCUGAACCCGCGCGAGACGAUCAAGAAGGAAAUGAAGCACGUCGCUGUCAAGUUGAUCAAGGCAAUGCAGGCAUGGCAAAGACAGACGAAACUAAAGCCCAGCACGCAACGGCUCGCUCAAGAUAUGCUCUGGGCGGUAGGGCGGAACUGCUGGUUUGACGACCCGGAUUUUCGAGAUGUUGUGCGCGACUUGGCUGCGAUUGGGUUUUCGCCUCUUCCUGCUGCUUCGUCCUUGAAGGAAGACGUGGCAGCUCAACAGCGUCUGGCCACCGUUAGCUACUUGCUGCAGAAACUCCAUCCUGAGUGCAUCCCGAAUCUGCGUUGGUCGCAGUACACAAAUGCCCGCUCGUUGGGCACAAUCCAGUCGUCGAGCCUGCAUCUGGCUUACAUGCGUGCUGCCCAGCAGCUGCGGUAUCCGUUUGUCAGCGAAUACUCUGUUGGCCCAUUCAUGGUCGAUAUGGCGUUGACCUCGCGACAGUGCGCCCUGGAAAUCCAAUCCGAUACCCAGGCCCAUGUUUGGGAGCGACCCACUUUGCUUCGGACAACGCCAGCGCCAACGACGUUCUUUGCCUUCUCCUCGCUCGAUGAGUGGACGGCGCGGCCGCCGACCGUGCAGCAAAUGUCGCAAGCAUUUACUCUGCGCACCGUGCGCUCGCGCCAGCCCGGCGACAUUUUCAAGCAGUACUGCCUCGAAAAGGCUGGCUGGCGUGUGUGGUAUCUACCUCGGCGAACCGACCGUGUGUCUCGUUCCGAGCAAGUUCGCGCCGACAUCGCCGAAGUCUACCACGAAAUGGUUCCAAGCAGCAGCGGACCGCGGUAGCUGUUGAACGGUUGAUUCCAUUGCAAGGCCCAUUGAAUGUACUGCAAUCUAUCCCAAUGUACAUGUAUUGAUUUUUUGCUACUGCAAUUGCCAAGUAUAGCCAGCCCCAG